AUGGACGAGGUUCGUCCUUGCAGGUGUUUCCUUGGAAUUGGCAUUGACGAGUAUUCGGAAGACUCCCUUCAGAACGCAGUUCGAUCGUCGCUCUGCAUAAGCGGAGCGUUUCAAAGGCUGGGGUAUCACGUCACCCACGGCUCCAACAUCCGAAGUCGGAUCGACUGGAACGAGAAAGUGAAGGAGCUGACGGAGAAUGUCGACUGCACGACCUCUGUCGUUGCGUUCUACUUCGCAGGGCAUGGGGUUGUGACUAAGGACAAGACCCUGCGACUCCUGUUCGGGGACUCAUCGCACGGCAUCGUUAAGCAAAGCGACCAGGGCAGCACGGCUUCAAAUGAUGACGUGAGCAUCUCAAUGGACGACCUGAUCAAGCAGUUGAUGCACCUGCCAAUGGCCGAUGAUGCCUUCCUGCUCGUUCUCCUGGACAAUUGUCGCACAGAGACCAGCACAAGUUGGCACGAGAACUGUGGCAGGCCAGCUCAGCACAAGUUCAGCCGGAGCUUCACAGUAAUCUAUGCCACGGCUCCUGGCAAGUGGGCCCUUGACGGCAACGGCUCUCAGAUCAGCCCUUUGUCCUACAGCCUGCAGCGGCGACUGCCGGAAUCACAGUCGCUGGCUGCAACCUACAACCUCAUUGUCAACGACGUGAAGUCUUACGCGAAGAAUCUAAGGAACAUGAGCCAGAUAGUGCAGACCUUCACAUGUGGAAAGUCUGAUGAGGGGGUUUUUCAACCAAUUCCUGGCCCGGGAAUGUCAAUGUCUUCCAGCACCGUGUUGCCACUAGGCUCAGAUGAAGCCUCCGUGGAUUCGACAACACUGCAACCGCCGACAAAGCGCUGGUGCUGCAAAGUCUUGACGGCUUUCACCUUGCUGAUCCUUGCAAUCUUUCUCGGGGUGUGCCUCUUAAUGUCAAGCCUUCAGCCUCGCGACUGCAUCCUCAACGAGUGGACGGAUGACGGUCCUUGUAGCAAAUCCUGUGGUGGAGGGCUGCUGGUCCAGCGGCGGUCGGUGAAAGCUGCUGCGGCUCACGGUCCUGACCCCUCCAGCCCUGAGAGGCAGCAGCAAGUUCCAUGUGCAGUCUUAGCAUGCCCCUGGGAUUGCUGCUUCGACGACUACUGCCCUGUCCAGUGUGACUUGCGGUGCAGCUCAUGGACGUGCGAGGCCUUGGUAAACAUGACGGUGUGUUCAUUCGGCUGGGGGUAUUCCUCAAUUACAGCAGAUGCCACGAUUGUAGGUCGGUCUUUUACUUGGACAGUCUUCAACUAUGCCGUUCAUCGCUCUGGUAUCAGCUUGCAUGAUCAUGGCUUUGACAAGACUUUCGUGCACCGCUUGAACUUCUCCUUUGAGUCUCCAACACAUGUGGCGUUUUGUCGAUGCCUGGGAGACUACGCAAGGUCCAUCCUGAACAAACGGAUGAUGACCAAUUGUGAAGAAGCUAGUGAAGACAAUUCGAGCCGGCUCAUGCACUCCGUCAACGAGCUGUUCCAUAUGUAA